AUGUCUAAUUCAUUACAGCAAAUGAAGUCUUAUAAAUCAGCGAUAUGUAUAAUCCCACCAAAAUCUCAAUGGCCAAAUAUUCAAUUAAUUCGUCAAAAACAUGAUAAGCAUUAUAAAAGAUGGAUGCCUCAUAUUAAUUUAAUUUAUCCUUUUAUCUUACCUCAACAGCAUGCUUCUGAUAAUUCCAAUUCUUUAGAUACCUCAACGGUUAAUGAUGCUUUUAACAUUAAUGCCGGUUCAGCAACGGUUAAUGAUGCUUUAAAUAUUAGUGCCGGUUCAGAGAUUAUCGAUGAUAAUAUGAUAUUCCAAAUUUUGAAAAAAACUUUAUGUCCUAUCCAUCCUUUCAAACUAAAGUUGCAAAAUUUAAAUUAUUUCACACAUGGAAAACGAAGUUCAACUGUUUGGCUUCAUCCUGAAACUUUUCCUGAAAAUGCUUUGAUUGAAUUAGAGAAUAGAUUAAUCGGAAGAUCUAAUUUAAACGAUUGUGAAAAUAAUAUGAACAGAGAAGAUGAGGAAUUCGGUUUUCCAGGAUUUGAUGAGUUGCUAAAUAUUGGAAAUGAAGGAUUUAGACCACAUUUAUCAUUAGGGCAAUUUCGUGGUGAGAAAUCAUCGCAAGAAGCUAUAGAAAAAUUUUCAUCAAUAUUUUCUCAAGACCCAAUAAUUGAAUUUGAUGUAACUGAAAUCUGUUGGAUUGUUCGUAAAGGAUUUCAUGAUCCUUUUGAGGUUAAAGCUAGAGUUGGACUUGGUGUUGAUGGUGAAAUUGUUGAUACUUUGAGUGUAGAUAUGACAGUUUAUCAAAAAGAUG